AUGUCCCGACUGCAACAGGACCAGUUCGUCGACGAUGACGAGGAGGAGUGCUGCCCGCUCUGCGUCGAGGAGUUCGACCUCUCGGACAGGAAUUUCCGGCCCUGUCCAUGCGGCUACCAAAUAUGCCAGUUCUGCUACAACAACAUCAAAACCACCAUGAACGGGCUGUGCCCCGCAUGUCGCAGACCCUACGAUGACUCCACGAUCGAGUGGAAGACCAUCUCCCCCGAAGAGAUGGCACAGCACAAGCAGCUCAUAGCGCAAAAGGCCAAGAAGAACGCGCAGAUACGGCAGAAGGAAGCGCAGAAGGCCGAAGCCGACUCUCUCAGCCGCAAGCACCUGUCCGGGCUGCGUGUCGUCCAGAAGAACCUCGUAUACGUUACUGGUCUCACGCCCACCAUACGCGAAGACGAACUACUCAAGACCCUCCGCGGUGACGACUACUUUGGGCAGUACGGCAAGAUCCUCAAGAUCGUCGUAAGCAAGGCCAAGGAGAACGCUCAGCACCAGCAGUCGGUGGGCGUCUACGUAACAUUCGCUCGAAAAGAAGACGCGGAGAAGUGCAUCAAUGCUGUCGACGGCUCCCAGAACGGCGAGAGAACACUAAGAGCACAGUUUGGUACAACAAAGUACUGUUCAGCGUACCUCCGCGGCGAGACCUGCAACAACCGCAACUGCAUGUUCUUGCACGAACCUGGUGAGGACAACGACAGCUUUACUCGCCAGGAUCUCUCCAUGAUGAACUCGAUCCAGACGCAACAACCGUCACAGUCGUCGACAUCCCGAGCCGCACCUCCUGCGCACCAGGGUCCACCCGUUGCUGCCGCGACACCGAUGAAUCGCCAAGACAGCAACGACACGUCGAGCUCGAUACACGAAGCACCUGGCCUACCCGCAACGGCAAACUGGGGCAGCAAAGCGGUGCUGGAGCGUCGUGCAAGCCGUUCAACAGUUGCUUCGAACAACGCCAGUCCCAUGAUCACGAACGCUGUCCCUGCACAAGCAUCGAAGGCACCGAAGCCAGCGGAGGCACCAAAGAAGAAGGGCAAGGACAAGGAAAAAGAAAAAGAAAAGGAGAAAGAAAAGGAGAAGGAGAAGGAGAAAGAGCAGAAAGAGAAGGAGAAGGAAAAGGAAAAGGAGAAAGACAAGUCUCCGCAAGCAUCGAAGCCUGCAACUCCACCGCCUGCGCCUGCACCCGCCGCACGCCCUGCCAAAUCCCGCGACAACGGCAUUCACGAUCUCCUAAAGGUCAUCUGCUCGCCAGAUUUCAAGUUCGUCUUCUCCAGUGCCGUUCUAUCUGAGGAAGAGUUGAAAGCUGUUACCGAGUUCCCUCAACUCCUGGACCCCAAUGGCGGUGCAAAGCGUCGUGCCAUUAAGGAAAAGAAGGAGAAGGAAUUGGCAUUGCAGCGGGAGGCCGAGGCAGAAGCAAUUGCAAAGGCAGCCUCUCAGCAAGCUCCUGCUGCAGUUGAGCGUGAAGACAACGAGGCGACGGCUGGUGGCAGCUUACAACUUGGAGGCGAGCCCGAAGACGGCCCUGAGACAAGCACCAACCAUCUCAACCAGCAUGCGAUUGCACCACCUGGUCAACAGGGUUUCGGUGGAAGCCUCUUUGGGCAGAAUACCCCUCUGGCCGAGGACUUCAGCAACCUUGGAUUGAGCAACAGAGGUCUGACGCCACAGCAGCAACAGCAGUUGUUGCUCUCCAACUUCAAGUCCGGCACCCAGUCCACGAAUAUCCUCAGCAACAUGCAAAAUGCUCAGCCUCAGCAGCACAAUGCUCCUAGCCAUGCCAGACACACGUCACGCUUUAGUUUCGCCAACGACAGUGCCUCUGCUUCUGCGAAUGUGCAACCUGUUGCGAACCAGAAGCUCAUGAGCCAACAAAACUCGAUGAUGCCGAAGAAUGCCAACCAAUUCAACCCCAUGUCUCAGCACCAGCAGCUGGGUGGGCAGUUCUUCACCAACGUGCAAGGUCCUCCUCCCGGACUGAAGCCUACUGGUACACCUCCUGUCAGCGGGACUGGCAUGUUCGGUCAAGGUCACGGUUUCGCGACGGGUGGUCUACCCUACGGGGCUGGUGCGACGGCGAGGAACAACAAUGAUGCCAUGUAUCAGGACUUGCUCCGCAGCCGGAACAUGGAUGGUGCUGCUAGGCUAGCUGAUGCUGGAAAGCGUGAGUCAAUGUUUCCUUCUUUCCUUAAUCAACACCCCACAACCUCCACACCUGCACCUGCCCCUGGUCUCCUAAGCUUCCCUUAUGGACCUUCGCCUGGAGCUUACCAGGAGUCUGGUUCGCAGAAAUCCAAGAAAAAGGGUAAGAAGCAUAGGCACGCGAACACUUCCUCCUCUGGAGGAGGUGGUCUUGCCGAUGUUCAGGACCCAAGUAUCUUGCAGGCAAGGUUGCACCAAGGCGGUAUGGCGGGGCAGGGCUUGUAUGGCCAAGGUCAAGGCGGUUUCUCUUCUCUCUAUUCCAACAACAACUACGGCGGCGCUGGACGAUGGUAG